AUGGACGGCCACAAGGAAUGUGACGUUCACACUUCUACACUGGCCACGGAGAGAGACGUUAAUGCACCGGUUUGGAACCUCGCUAGGACAUCGCAAGCUGGAUCCAUCACUAAUAAACCUGGAGAAGCCCUUCCCGGCCCGCCCGGUCCGUCGUCCAUUUUGAAUUUCAGAAAAUCUCCUGGUCCUGGGCAGCAGGAGCCAGAGUCUCCCGGCAUUAAAGAGGAAGUUGAGCUCCCCCAAAUCAAAGAGGAGGAGCCAGAGCCCCCUCAACAGCAAAAGAGAGAGGCGCAACUUCCAAUCAAAAAGGAGGAGGUAGAGCUGCCGUAUGUUAAAGAGGAGGAAGAAGAGCAAGAUAUCACCAGGUCGACUGGUGAGUCUUUAAAAAAUGAAGAUAGUCUGAGUGAGGCCAGCAGAGGGGCGGAGCUUCCGAGUGGCAGCAGUUCAAUAAAAGGAUUGCGAGCAGACAAUUUCAUCGCUCCGCCAUCAGAUAGCAACAACGCCACCUCACGCUCGCUUUACACUGAUGAUGAUGAUGACGAUAGUCAUAAGAAAGGUCUCAGUGAUGACAAACUCUGCGAAUGCUCUCAGUGCGGGAAAACCUAUUAUAACAAGUCAAAUUUGAAUCGGCAUAUGAAGAGCCACACCCGUGAGAAACCCUUUUGCUGCUCCGUUUGUGGCCAAAGAUUCGCUCAAAAGAUACAACUAACACUCCACACAAGAACCCACACUGGCGAGAGACCUUUUGCCUGCUCGGUUUGUGGUCAAAGAUUCACUCAAAGCCAAAACUUAAAAACGCACACACGAACCCACACUGGUGAGAAACCUUUUGCCUGCUCAGAUUGUGGUCAAAAAUUCGCUUUGAAAAAGAACUUAACAACGCACACGAGAACCCACACUGGUGAGAAACCCUUUUCCUGUUCAGUAUGUGGUCAAAAAUUCUCCGCGAAACAAAGCUUAAUUGACCACACAAGAACCCACACUGGUGAGAAACCCUUUUCCUGCUCCGUCUGUGGCCGAACGUUCGCUCAGAGCGAACACCUUAAACUGCACUCAAGAACCCACACUGGGGAAAAACCUUAUUCCUGCUCAGCUUGUGGUCAAAGAUUCGCUCAGAAGGAUGGACUUAAGAGGCACAAGUGUGUGAGUGUGAAAAGCAGUGGACCAACAAUUGUUUUGCCUGUGAUCCAUGCUGCCAUCGUCAGUUUGGGCACGCAGGCGAAGAACGUGUGCGAGAGGAAGAAGACGAGAAGAAAGCUGCUGCUUCACGCCUUAACGGUGUAA